AUGGCUUCUUCUUCAAAAUUCAACCACAUCAUAAGAUCAAUCAGUUUGCCUGGAAAAUCACAUCCAACAGGUCAAAGAGUUGAAGAGGCACUCAACAACCUCAAAACAUUGAAAAUAUCAAAUGAAUCAACAGCAGAGACAAUGCACGAUGGUCUACUCGGUUUAGAGGAGUUAUAUAAGUGCGUAAAUGAUCUACUUAACUUGCCUCAGGCUCUUCAAUUCUUCUCCCAACAUCAACACGAAAAAUGGGUUAAGGAUUUAUUGGACAAGUCUGAGAGGCUUCUUGAUGUGUGUGCCGCUAUAAGGGAACUCGUCUUACAAUGUAAGGAAAAUGUAAGAGAGCUUCACCACUCUCUCAGAAGGAGUCAAGGGGAUUCAACAACAGAAACCAGCAUCAUCAAGUUCACCUCCUCCGGUAAGAAGAUAAAGAAAGAAGCGAAGAAAUUAGUAUUAGCCUUGAAUAAAAUGGAUCACGAGACUACUGAGGGAUCAGUAUUCCUAGAUGCACACCAGGACACGGUAGACAUGAUUAAAACACUAAGGGAAGCCAAUGCAACGCGCAUUUCCAUUUUCCAGAUGUUCUUGUCCUUAUUUUCUGACCCACUUUUGAAGCCAAAGCAAUCUAAACGGUCAUUGGUUUCAAGAUUCGUAAGCAAAAGAAGAAUAUCAUGCGAAGGCGAAGAAGAGAAAAUGGACUUGGAAACUAGGUUGGAAUCGUUCGAAUCUCACCUUGACGACUUUGAAAAUGGUUUGGAAGGACUAUUUAGGUGCAUGAUUAGAUCAAGGAGUUCUCUCCUAAAUAUUUUCUCCUGCUAA